ACACAGUACACAGCCACACAGUGAACAUAAUCCUCCCCAGAAAAACAUUGUGUCUAAUAAAGCCAUAAAAACAAAAGAUGAAUUGCUUGAGAACUAUUGCUCUUUCACUCUCUCUGUUUCUUUUGGGAUUGAUCGGACCAAUCCAAGCUCAACUGCAAAUGAACUUCUAUGCCAAUACUUGUCCUAACGCCGAAAAGAUUGUUCAAGAUUUUGUUUCAAACCACGUUUCUAAUGCUCCUUCUCUUGCGGCUGCCCUCUUGAGAAUGCAUUUCCACGACUGUUUUGUCAGGGGUUGUGAUGGAUCAGUGCUUAUAAACUCGACGUCAGGAAACGCGGAGAAGGACGCAACUCCUAACCUAACGGUUAGAGGGUUUGGUUUCAUCGACGCAAUCAAAUCUGUGCUUGAAGCUCAGUGCCCUGGAAUCGUAUCUUGCGCUGAUAUUAUCGCUCUAGCAUCUCGAGACGCAGUAGUUUUCACAGGAGGGCCAACUUGGAGUGUACCAACAGGAAGAAGAGAUGGAAGAAUAUCGAACGCAUCAGAAGCAUUAGCCAACAUUCCUCCUCCCACCAGUAACUUCACCAAUCUUCAGACACUCUUUGCAAACCAAGGACUUGAUCUUAGGGACCUUGUCUUACUCUCCGGGGCUCACACUAUCGGUGUAUCUCACUGCUCGUCUUUCACAAACCGUCUCUACAAUUUCACUGGUCGUGGAGACCAAGAUCCGGCCUUAGACAGCCAAUACGCAGCCAAUCUCAAGUCUAGGAAAUGCCCUAGCCUCAACGAUAACACGACCAUCGUGGAAAUGGAUCCAGGGAGCCGUAAAACGUUUGAUCUUAGUUACUACCAGCUCGUUCUCAAGCGUAGAGGUCUGUUUCAAUCUGACUCUGCUCUAACCACUAACCCAACGACACUCCAAAACAUAAACCAGAUCUUGAAGGGUUCGGUGGAGAGUUUCUUUUCUGAGUUUGCCAAGUCGAUGGAGAAAAUGGGUCGGAUCAAUCUGAAGACUGGGUCAGCAGGAGUGGUUAGAAGGCAAUGUUCCAUUGCAAAUAGUUAAUGGGUAAAAAUGUAAUGUAUGUGGGAGUUUGGGGGUAUUAGUGAAAAGUAAACAAGGAUGAUGAUGAUGAUGAUUGUGAUGUGAUCUUUUGGAAUUUGUGUGUGUAUGGAUUUGGUUAUAGACUUCGUCAAUAAAGAAAUAAAAAUAUAUUAGUU